AUGUCCCUUCCACGCCUUGAUGCUGCCACCAGCGGCAUCAUUGCGGUAUCCCAGGAGGCAGUCAAUGAUGCGCUGUACUAUCUCUUUGACAAACACGAGGAGCUCCGAACCAUCCAUAGUAGCAGCAAAUAUGGAGAACUCCAGGCCGACAUGGAUACGGCUGAGGUUUCCCUGUUGGUCAAAAAGGCCUUCGACACGGUGAUGUUCUACUGCAAUUUCAGGUCAGGCACAUUCCGCCUGAAGGUGGGCAACAGACAGCCUCGCAACACGUCCAUUGAUGUGACCGGCUGGCGGUUUGCUUUUGAGGUCAAAUACGGCAAACUGGUGGUGACAGAUACCUCCGAGAUCGACGAGGUCAAGAGCAAGAUUGGCCAGCCGGGCGAAUAUUCGAUCGAACGCAUGUUCCUCGACUUCACCACCAACAAGAUCAUCUACUUCGACAAGGACCACUCGGAUUUCAAGGGCCAUGUGUGGGACGAGGACGAUCUGGACAUCUUCCUAGGCGUCAUGCGCCGUUGGGGCGACGGCAAGGAGGGCACCAUGAAAGACCCCAAGCUGAGCAGCUUUGGCUACUGCAUCGAGACCCAGGCCCCCGAGACGGUCAACAUCCCAGCGCCCAGCUUCCCCCCGACGGCGCUACGGCACCAGACAUACCCCUAUAUUGGGCCCGGCAAGCACGAGCCCGACGAAGGGCUGGUCACCGGCAAGGCCAACAUGUUGCUCUACGUAGAAAUGACCCAGCACAAGGAGUUCCCUACCAACGUACCCGUGCCCUACACGGGGAAUUUUGUGGAGCCUGGCAUGAAGGCCACCGCCUGUGUGAGCAGCCAGGUCUUCUGGGAUUCCUAUCUCCUGCGGGAUCCUUCGAGCACUCUUCCCUGUCUCCUCCAGGAUUUUAAUCGGCAGCUGUUUCCCUGGCACAACUCGCUGCGGGCCAAAUCAGACCAGAAUGAUUUUUAUCUGCACUGGAACUUUGGGUUCGGCGGCAGCGACGCAACCAGUCAACUGGCCCGCGCGAAUAUGGACUUUGGCUGGCAGAAGCUCUCGCCCACCAGUUGGGGAUGGGAUUGUGCUCCAGAGCCCGAGUCCGGAGAGGACAGCACGUGGUGGCCGGUUUAUAUGGGAAUGAAGGGGACAGGAACCGGUUUCAUGAAAAAUAGGAUCUACAUUGAGCCUGCCAACAACAAGAUUAUUCUCGAAGGCUCAUCUGUGCUUUCUCUUGAUGGUGCCUAUUACUUUACCAAGCUGCACACAGGCACUCUUAACAAACACCUGAUCAUCAAGUGGUAUACCGAAAUUGAGAUGAAAUCAGUCCAUGAUGGCGGCAUCGAGAUGAAGAUGAAUCCCGCCACGCUGGAGGAGAUCUUUAAGGCGACAUACAACGAUGGCACCAUCCCCUGCGGCGGCGAAAAAGAGCCCGACUUGCCUGGUGUGCCCGAAGAUUGGGCGGAUGCAUUCAACCAUAUCAACUUCAAUAGCAUCAUCGAUUCGCUCACCACGGCACUCCGGUCAACCUCCCGCUUCGUGCUCUCUGGGGGGGAUGUCUUCUUCUAUAAAAACCCGAUCUUCAACAACCACGGGGACUUGUUGGUCGAGGCCACAUAUAAGGGCUAG